AUGAGGAUCCUAUGCACACUGCUCUCUGUUUCCUUCGUGUAUCUUCAGGUUGCGAGAGCAGAAAUCGUUCCUUUGGAUCUGGUUUUAGAUGCUGAUUCGGAAGAAGUCCAUUACGUUCGCGGUUGGUUGGAAGCACCUGCUUCUAUUGACAUUUCCAACGUUAAGUUUCUGACUUCUCCUGUUCCAACCGAAUGGGAAACCGAUGAUGAAGAGGCUGACGACGAUGAGGAUGAAUUUCCCUACGACGAGACCCCUGCCCCAACUCCAUUUCAGGAAAGAUUCCCCACCCCGUCUGGUGCUGGAACAAAAUCUCCUAGUGCUCCAUCCAGCGACUUUCCAUUUCCAACUGCAAGUCCCAGCAAUUCAACUUCUGAUGGGGGCGAUACUGGUGGUGGUGGUGGUGGUGGUGGAGACCUUCCAUUCCCUGGUGACAAUGGCGGAGAUGCGUCUGAUUUACCAACAGCAAGUCCCAGCAAUUCUACUUCUGAUGGAGGCGAUACUGGUGGAGAUGGUGGUGGUGGAUUCCCUGGCAACAAUGGCGGUGGUACGUUUGAUCAACCAACAGCAAGUCCCAGCAAUCCCACUUCUGAUGGGGGUGAUGCUGGUGGCGAUGGUGAAGGAAGCGACUUUCCGUUCCCGGGUGAUAAUGGCGGUGAUACGUCUGAUUCACCCACAGCAAGUCCCAGAAAUCCCACUUCUGGCGGGGGCGAUGGUGGUAGUGAUGGAGAUGUGAACGCUCCUUCAACGGGACCAGUAGGUGACGGCUUCGGUGAUGAUGGAGAUGGAAGCAGCACUGGCGGGGAUGGAGCCUUUGGGGGCGAUCUCGAUGGUGGUGGUGGAGGCUUUGGCGGUGACUCUUCUCCAGUGCCUGCCCCUACUGGAUUUCCAAGAGAGCUCCAGGGCGUCACCCAAAAGCUUCAUUUCGUCCUCUUCGCCAUUCCCGACAAUUGCAAAGAAGACAUGUUUGGAAACUGCGACUGGACCGCACUUGGAGUCGGCGCUACAGAUUCUUUGGUCGAGGGUGACAUCAGUUACUGUUGUUCAGAAGACACGGCAAGCCGGAAUAUUUGCGAGGAAGAAAAUAUUGGAAAGCUGAUUGUUGAUCCAGUUCUCUUUGCUGGCGAGGAGCGGUUCCUAGCUGUUCCACAGACAGUUAAUACCCCCUUUGAUUUUCCUGAGGGUGAUAGCGUCUUUCAUAUCAAGGAAAAGGGAGAUUAUGUGCUGCUGAUGGGCAAUUGUUUUGACGAUGGCCUAGAUGUGCUUGAAAUGGGAACGAUGGAGUGGAAGGCGGAAAACAGAGGAUAUGUUCCAGGCCAUUUGUAUGGACUCAUGGUUUUCUACGCAGCGCUUACCGUAUACUACUUUGUGUUGGCGUUCUUUUACAAGUGUGGCAUGCGAAUGUUCCAGGAUGCAGCAAUUCCUAUUCAGAAAUACAUCUUUGCGACAAUUUUGUUGGGAUUCCUUGAAGUAUUGUGCAGGGCUGUCGAUCUUGGGUUCUGGGAUGUGCACGGACAGCGCUCCAUCUAUGUCCUUUAUGCAGCGCUUGGGUUGGGUGUAUUGAAACGUGGAAUCUCCAACUCUUUGGGAGUUAUGGUUGCGAAGGGCUGGGGUAUUGUCCGAGAAAGUCUCGGCUUGGCUCUGGCCAAAAUCAUCAUGCUUGGUUUGAUCUACACAGGACUGACUGGCUUCCGCGAUUUCUCCCUUAUAGUCGCCGAAGAAGAUGUUGAAAAAAUAUCAGUUACGGAAGAGACUGAGCUCUUCGAUAUAGCUCUCAUCCUAACGUUGGUUAUCAUGGUUCUGGAUUUGAUCUUCUACUUCUGGAUUUUGGAUUCGCUGAAUGCCACCACGGAUUACUUGAGAAAUAUGAAUCAAACGUCAAAACUUCGCAGGCAUCUGCGCCUCCGUUGCCUGAUGCUUACGUCGAUGUCCAUUGCUGCUGCAUGGUUGGUUUUCACCAUUGUCGACAAGGUGAUGGGUGGCAUUCUGAGAAGAGACCAAAAGUGGUUCUUGGAUGGGGUAAUGCAAUUGAACUACACUCUAAUCAUGACAGGUGUUGCAUUCUUGUGGCGACCAAACGCAAAUGCCAAGGACUACGCAAUGCAAAUGGAGAUUCCUACCAUGGGCGAGGAUGAUGAAAACGAUCUUGAGCUUUCAUGUGUAGUUCCAUCCGCAGGUGACAUGGACGAUGGAAAUGAUCCAGAUCACCCCAGUGGCAUCAAAGCUAAUAUGGGCCAAUAUUCUUAG